AUGCUUAUUUUAAAAUGUACAAAUUUUUUUAUAGUCUCAAAUACAACAACGGCAUCAACUACUUCUGUUAGACCUUCUCGAACUCGUCGUUUGAUUAUUAGAACAAAAUAUAUCAAUGACAUUACUACACAUUUGGCAUCAUCAUCAUCAUCAUCAACACCAACAACAACUACAAUAUCACCAAUAUCAUUAUCAUCGUUAUUGACAACAUCAAUUUAUUUUACUCCCAUUACAACAGAAAGUUCUACUUCUAAAAUAGUAAACCCCACGGAAGUGUCGCUACCUUCUGCACCUACAACAAUUUCAGAAAUAAGAAAUCCAUGUUUGGUAGGUGAACCCUUUAUCAGUUCUAAUGGUAUAACAAUGACUUGUAAUCAAAAAAUGGAAGCAAACGGAGGUUGUCCAGAGCAUUUCUGGUGUCAUAUUGGUGACAAUUAUAAAUCAACUGUAUGCUGUCCUAAUUUACAACCUGAAGAUCGUUGCAAGCAAUCCUUGCAAAUAGGUACCGGCAGUAGUGAUUUAACUCGAUGGUAUUUCAAUACAAAAACUAAACAGUGCAUUAAAUUUAAAUAUAAAGGACUUCAUGGAAAUGCAAAUAAUUUUAUUAGUCAAACGGAAUGUGUCACAGUUUGCAUUGAUGGACGUGAGGAUCUGGUAAAUCCUUGCCAAUUAGGUCAACCUGCUGAGGGCUUCAAUAAAAAGCCAUUAACUUGUAGUGGAGAAAAUUCAUUUUCAUGUCCUGAAGGAUAUUUUUGUCACAUUGGUGCAUCAUCAGCAGAAACAGUUUGCUGCAAGCGAUCUGAAUCCCAUGAUAUUUGUAAUUUACCGAAAGAUGAAGGUCAAGGAAGCGCAAAAUUACGACGUUAUUACUAUGAGGUCAACUCACAGAAAUGCAAAGAAUUCAUAUAUCGUGGAAGACAAGGCAAUGAAAAUAACUUUUUAUCUUACGAUAAAUGCAAACAAAAAUGCAUUAAAGUUUCCGAGCAUCAAACUUGUUCAAUUGAUAAUCCAGACUGUGGCUCAGUACAAUGGUGUCACAUCGGUGCAAAUGCUUAUUCUACGUUGUGCUGUGCUGGAGCUUCUGCAAAUCCAUGUGAAUUGCCAGUUGCACUGGGCGAAGGUAAUGAAACACUCAUCCGAUGGUUCGCUGAUCCAAGUGAUCAGUCUUGCAGUCGAGAAUGUAAAUCAUUUGUAUAUAAAGGCUUCAAAGGAAAUCAAAAUAAUUUUCUCACUAAAGAAUCAUGUGAAAAACAAUGCAAACGAGCAUGUGAAAAUCCAUGUGCUACGGGAAUGAUGCUCCUAACAUCAGUGGGUACACCACAGUUUUGUUCAUCGAGCAACUUUUGUCCACAAAAUUACUGGUGCCAUUUUGGAGCACGUACGGAUACUACCGUCUGUUGUCCAGAAAGUGGUGUAAAUCCUUGUGACCUACCCCUCGUGAAAGGUACUGGUGAAGAAAGCUUAAAAAGAUGGUAUUUUGAUCGAAGUAAGCAUCAGUGUGUUCAAUUUUACUAUCAGGGAAAGCAAGGAAAUGAGAACUCUUUCUUGACCGAAGAUGAUUGCAAAAAAACGUGUCCUGUUUAUCAAAAUCCGUGUGGUACUGGUGAGCCCUUCCUGAUAAAUAAUAAUCCAAAAUCUUGCAAUUCAACAGAUCAAUGUCCAGCUACACAUUAUUGUCACGUAGGAGCGAAUGGUACACAAAAUUCAUGUUGUCAGAAGAUCGGGGAUCCUUGCAAUUUACCGAUGAAACAAGGAGAAGGCGAAUCAUUGUUAUUACGAUAUUACUACGAUAAAGAAAGUGGUAGAUGUCGUGAAUUUGCAUAUUUUGGAGUCAAAGGCAAUGAAAAUAACUUUUUAACCGAAGAGGCGUGUGAAGCUAUGUGUCCUGUAAUACCAAAUCCGUGUUUAAAUGGUAAACCACUCACAAAUUCUGAAAAGGAGCCUAUCAUAUGUGGAAGUGGGGAAAGUUGUCCUGAUAACUAUUUCUGUCAUAUCGGUGGCACGCCUGAAACUACCAAUUGUUGUUUAGGAUCUACCGAUGCCUGCAAUUUACCAUUAGAAACUGGUAAAGGUAUCGAACAAUUAGAUAGAUGGUACUUUGAUAAUAACACUCAGAUGUGUGCUAAAUUUACAUAUUAUGGUCUUCAUGGCAAUGCAAACAAUUUUAUCAGUCGGAAAGAAUGCCAAAAAAAUUGCAAAGAAAUUAAUCCAUGCGGAUUUGGAUCGCCUCUAACAGAUGAACUAGGAAAUCGAAUAGCAUGUAAUCUCAAUCAAUCAAUAAGCUGUCCAAGCGAUUAUUAUUGUCAUAUUGGAUCAUCACCUUCAACAACGGAAUGCUGCCCUCGACAAGGUGGUAAUCCAUGCGAAUUGGCGUUAUCUAUCGGCUAUGGUAAUGAAGCGAUUCCAAGAUGGUACUUCAAUAUUCAUCGACAAAAAUGUGCCGAAUUUGUAUACGGUGGAAUGGGUGGCAACGAGAAUAACUUUGUUUCAAGAAAGCAUUGUGAAGAAUUUUGUAAAGUAAGUCAAGAUUACUGUCCACAUGGUGAACCAUUAAUGGAAGCAUCUGGCAAACGAUUAGCUAAAUGUGGAAUAGAUAAAGCUUGUCCAGUUGGAUUCAUCUGUAAUCUAAAUGUUAAGAAAAAUACUACUGCAUGUUGUCAAGAUCCAGCAAAUUUUUGUCUGCAGCCAAUGGAUUCAGGUCCAUGUGACGAAUUUGUGACAAGAUAUGGCUAUGUUCCUGAGCUAGAUAACUGUAUUGAAUAUCAGUAUGGUGGUAAGCACUUGGCUAAUUCUUUGUUUUUACUUUAUUACUUUGUUAUUAUUGAAUUUAAGUAA